ACUGUUCUUGACCGCCUGGCACCUGGCGCCUCCCUUCGGCCCCGUCGACGCGAUGGGCGCCGCGGCGUGUCUCCGCGACACGGGGCAGCCGUAGCCCUCCACUCCACUGCACGCAGCCAGCGCAGCCCAGCAAUGGAUACGCAGGGCAGCGUGGCCGGCCAGGACGAGGGCGUGCCGCGGCUCGGCGCGACGUGACGCCGCCAUGCCACCGACGCGGACGCACCGUACGCACCGUACGCACCGUCGGGACCGAUGAACGACACCGAGUGCGCCGCGCUUCUGGAGAGCGCCGACUGGCACAGCCCGCGCCUCAUCGUGGUCUUCGUCAUCCUCGGCGUGGUGAACGUGAUGGUGAUCCUGGGCAACCUGCUCGUCAUCGCCGCCGUCUACAUCAGCUCCAAGCUGCGCACCGUCACCAACCUGUUCAUCGUGUCGCUCGCCGUGGCCGACCUGCUGGUGGGCGUCGCCGUGCUGCCCUUCAGCUCCACGCUGGAGGUGUCCAAGGUGUGGAUCUUCGGCGAUGUGUGGUGCUCCAUGUGGCUGGCCGUGGACGUCUGGAUGUGCACCGCGUCCAUCCUGAACCUGUGCGCCAUCUCGCUGGACCGCUACCUGGCCGUCACGCGGCCCGUCACCUACCCGUCCCUCAUGUCGAACCGGCGGGCGCGCUGGCUCAUCUUCGUCGUGUGGGUGCUGUCCUUCGUCAUCUGCUUCCCGCCGCUCGUCGGCUGGAAGGACCGGGGCAUGACCACGGUGGACGAGUCCUCGCUAGGCGGUGCGCAGGUGCGUGGCCGAGGCGUCGGAGGCCUGCCGACCACACUCCUGGGGUCGCCGGGGCUGUCCCGGUCCACGCCGCGGCCCGCCACCACCGAGGCCGCCAUCAUCCUGGACGCCACCAACGAGACGGACCUGGACGUCACGCUCGCCGCCACCACCGCAGAGUGGCCCAUGGCGCUGCGGGAACUGGCCGCCCUGCAGGCCGACGCCGACGGCCCGGAGGGCGUGGGGGGCUCCCGCGGGGGGUCUUGGUCGCGCUCCGAGAGCCGCAGCCGGUGCCCGUGGGUGUGCGAGCUCACCAACGACACGGGCUACGUCUUGUACUCGGCCUUCGGCUCCUUCUUCAUCCCCAUGUUCGUGAUGCUCUUCUUCUACUGGCGCAUCUACCGCGCCGCGGUGCAGACCACCCGCGCCAUCAACCAGGGCUUCCGCACGACCAAGGGUUCCAGGAAGUUCGGCAACCGGUUCGACGAGCAGCGCCUCACGCUCCGCAUCCACCGCGGCCGCGGCUCCGUGCGUCACGGCGACCGUCACGGCGACCGGGGCCACGGCGGCGCGCAGCACUCCACGCCCUCCACGGCCACCACCACGGCCGCGUCCAGCGCAGCCAACUCGCUGAGCGGCUCGCCCGGCGGCAAGUCCAUCGACAGCCUCAGGGUGCAGCGGCGCGCGUCCAUCCGGCGCAGCGUGGAGCGCAGCCGCACCUUCGAGAAGAUCAAGAUCAGCGUGAGCUACCCCAGCAGCGAGGCCAUCAGCAGCCACCAGCUGGAGCAGCCGGACGCGGCCAACGCCGCGCAGCCCCACAACAACAACGGCAGCGCCACGCAGCACGGCCCGCUGUCGUCUCCCAGCGCCAGUAAGAAGUCGUCCUUCUCAUCGGCCUCGUCGCCGACGGGGCUCGCCAGCGGGGUGUUCGCCGCCAACGGGGCCUCGCCGUCGACCGUCACCAUGGUGGCCACCCCCAUGGGCAGCACCAUCCACCGGCCGGGCUCCUGCCACCUCAAAGUGUCCAACGCCCGGAACCUAUUCCGCAGGCGGCGCUCCUCCACCGAGUCUGAGUGCACGCGGGACAGCGCGGAGAACCACCUGGAGCUGCGCGAGUUCCGCGACCUGACGCCGUCGCCCACCUUCGAGGAGCAGAACAAGCCCAAGCUCAUCUCCAAGAUGGGCAAGCGGAACAUCAAGGCUCAGGUGAAGCGCUUCCGCAUGGAGACCAAGGCGGCCAAGACGCUGGGCAUCAUCGUGGGCGGCUUCAUCUGCUGCUGGAUGCCCUUCUUCACCAUGUACCUGGUGCGCGCCUUCUGCCCCGAGUGCAUCAACCCCACCGUCUUCUCGGUGCUCUUCUGGCUCGGCUACUGCAACUCGGCCAUCAACCCCUGCAUCUACGCGCUCUUCUCCAACGACUUCCGGUUCGCCUUCAAGCGGAUCAUCUGCAGGUGCCUGUGCGGCGUGGCGGGCCGCAAGAGCAGCCAGCGCAGCAACCAGACGCGGCGCGGCUCGGACGGCUCGCAGCUCGGCGUGCGCGCCAACAACCCCACGGCCGUGUACCACGCCAACUCCAGCUUCAUCGGCGCGGGCAGCACUGGCGGGGGCGCCGCCACGGGCUUGGCCAGCAUGGAGGCGGGCACGGCGUCGACGGGUUUUCGAUUUUGGCACAGUGCUGCCUGA